CACUCAGAUGGGCAAGAUAGUGCUUGUUUCACCUGUAGGGGAUAGACUGACUGGAAAGAUGGCAGGCAUGUUCGCUGUACUACUAGACACAUUAAGCACUUGCUCUCUGUCUGUCGAAGGAUGUGACCGGUAUGCUUGUAGAUCUAGAUCUUUGUCACAGAUGCAGACUACAGAUGACUCAUGCUGAGCCGUGUUGGUCGAUGGGGACCUUAGGCUGGAGUCGCGUCUAUGAGAGAUGAAUGAGCAUCGCCAGUGUCUCUGCAUGACUUGUACCUGCUCAUAAAUGGUAGUAAGUACUAAGUAUGAUCCCCUGUCUAAAUGCAUUUAUUCAUUCACGCAGGAGAAGGCACAAAAACAAAAAAGGGCAAACAACCAACGCGACGUCCACCCACCCAGCUCCUGUCUCUUCCCUCUCUCUCUAUCUGUCUCUCUAUCUGUCUCUACACUCUCUCAUCUACAGCACACACAACAUCACCCCAUGCCCUCGCUAGACACCAGCAACAAGGAAAACAUGGACAUCGCCGCCACACCACACAAACGCAAACGGCCACAACUCGAACCCACAGACCAGGCAGGCACACCAGAAGCCGAUCAUGCCCACAAAGAACGCCUCAAACGACAACAACGCGAAACGCGUCUUGGUUAUCGUAAAAUGACUGCAGCACUGGAUGAUAAACGCGAUGAUAUCUUGAGGGCUGAUGGAACCAUUGUCUUGACGCAAUCUAUUCAGCGUGCGAAUGCACUCUAUCAGUCUGUCACUCGACCUCAGGAAGCAAAGUUGGAUUCGGCGUUUUUACUAGAAGCUGCUGAUCUCGCGCAAACCAAAGCGCGCAACAUUAAGCGUGGUGUGCAGGAAUUCAGUCUCGAUGAAUUCAUCAUUAAAGUCGAUAGUUUCAUCACGGGUGGUACGCGCAGUCUCGGUGAUGCACUACAAUUGACGCAACUUGUGAGUUUGGGAAAUGUCUUUGCUCAGUAUGAGACGCGACCACCGACCAUGGACUUGAUGUUGGGUCCAUUGAUGAUUGAACGGAAAGAACGUGUCUUCAAGGCGCGUGAACAAACGAAACGCACAAAGGCUAGUCUGGUACAGCCUGGUGCAUUGGUGCAUCCAGAUGGUGCAUCGAAUGAACAGCAAACAGUCAUGACCCGACUCACGAUGCAAGUUGGCAGGAUUCUGAUGCAGCAGAGUCCAAUUGACUACUUUUCACUUGUCUUGAAUCCUCGCAGCUUUGCACAGUCUGUGGAGAAUAUGUUUUACCUGAGUUUCCUGAUCAAGGAGGGUAAGGCGGGUGUGUAUGAGGACGGGGGAUUGCAGGUUGUUCGGUACAUUGCAGAUGGCGAUGCACAAGCAUCCAUGCCGAGUUUCGCAACACAAGGUGAGGAGGAGGGUGAGGAUUGGCCUGAUAAGCAACAGGGCAUCUUGACACUUGACAUGGAAACUUGGAAGGAGGCAGUGGAGAUUCUCGGUUUGACGGAGAGUACCAUUCCGCAUCGUGAUCAACCCGAGGACACGGCAGCAUAGAUCUUUCUACUUUUUUCUUCAUAAUUUGUUUUUAUCUUAUACUCCUGC